AUGCCUGAGGUUGUUCGAGGCAGCCGAGCGAGCGUUCAAAUCGAGCGUCCCAGCGUCCAGCUCGACCAGGAUGCGCCGCCAACUCCGACCAGUCCUCUCAGAGAAGAGAGAAAUGUUCACUUCGAACCUGAAACUCCUAGUUCACCCCUCGAAUCGCCACCUCCCCUCGGUACCGAGAGAACAGACAGCGGACUCAGUAUUAGCUCGGCUCACAGAAAGAGUUUCCAAGCCAAACGGAGGAAAAGUGGCGAUGUGAGACCGGAGCAGGAUGUUUACUAUGAUAGUCGGGCCGCGACCAAGAGAGAGUUCAAGAGACGAGCAAGCACACUCCAAGAUUACUAUGAUCAAAAUCCUGCCUUACUUCCGCAGCUACCCUUUACUUGGAAGCGCGGCUGGAAGCGGUGGAAGUUAUUUCUCACUAUUGCUUUGAUGGUUGUGGACGCCUGUGUAGUCCCUCUUGUUCUGUACUACACCAUGACCUUUGUUGGACAUAUUGAGGGUUGGAUAGUCUUUGCCGUGGUGGCCACCAUCUGGGGUGGACCUGCCUAUGUCGAAUUCGCCGUACGCUCUUGGAGACUGAUUAAAAAGGAAAAUUUCUUCCGGCCCUUGGGCACGAACAGUCGCUGGGCCUUUGACAUCACACAUUGGAUCUUCUCACUGACCAUUGGUGCGAUCACGGCAUUUCUGAUCAUCGGCAGCGCGCCACAUAUCGUGUGGUUACGUGUUCUUUCUAUGCCAGGACCCUCGAUUUUAUAUUGCAUAGGCGGCUGCAUCCUUCUCAUCACUAUUUACUGUGAGUUGAACAGGCCCGCGCCGUUCCGGAUUAGUUCUACUGCCAAGGGUGGCAAGGUCCUCCCUGGUGUUUAUUAUCUGAUGGAGGAUAUUGUCGCUGUUAAUGCCGGCGCUGGGAGGCCGUUCCGCGAGGCUCUGGCAUCUAGAUACAAAGCCAGCCCGAGAUUUAGGAGGAUGAUUCGGGUUCAAUCCUGGUUCUGGUCUGUGCCGGCACUUGUCGUGGCAAUUGUCUGCACUGUGCUUAUCGUCAUCCACCCGAUUGACAAAGCGGUAGCCUACGGCAUUGGAUGGGGCGUUCCUUUUGUAUGGGCUGGCAUCUGGGCUGCUAUAUCAAUUCCAUGGAUAAGGAGAGAAAUGCACAAGGAGAAAGAAACUUGGGAGCUCGACUGUGGGGUAUUCCCAAGUGAAGAGAAGGCACUCAAGAGGGCCGCUACGGACACUUCCAUCAACGGUAGCGCGACCGCACACAAAAGCCCAAGUCCUACUCCCGAUCGGGAGCCAGAGCCAUGA